AUGCCGGAGGUGCCAGUGAAGCGGCGGGAUUGUUUCCGCCCUGGUGAGGGCCAAUGGUUUCGAAUGUCGCGCCGAUCUGCGGCGAUGAUGGCUGCUGUGGUGCUCUUCCUCCUGGUUGGCCCCAGUCCACCUGUAAACGCCUUCAAUGUCUGCGCGGACAUCAGUCGCUGCAGCGAGUGCGUCUUUGACCAAACCGAUGGGCUCAUGCCGCCGCCGCUGAUGUGCGGCUGGUGCGAGAGCACGAAGACAUGCAAGGAGGUGAACAGCACGGUGCUGUCCUACUAUCGUAGCACUCUCGCCACUGGUGGUGUUGGUGGGGAUGGCGAGGCAGGGGCGGAGCACACCGCAGCCGAGAUCGCCGCAUUCCGUACUCAGUUCUGCGAGGACUUUCGCGAGCGCAACUUCAACGCGGUGUGCCCGGACAUGUUCUGCAGUGCCUCGCAGACGACGAACAACAUUUACAUAUGCCGUGCGCCGUCCAUUGCUGCGCUUGUCUUUGGCUGUAUUUUGUUUCUUCUCUCGAUCCUCAUGUACCUGUGGAUGCGAACCAUUCACCAGUUGCCAUGGAAGUACGAGCCGUUCCUGUCCGACUUCCUCGCAGGCCGGUACAGGCGUCCUGACUCGGCAGUCCACGGCGACGACGGCGACGUGGCCGCGGUGCCAGGCAUCACGCCACCGUCUGCAAAGCAGAAGGGGCACAGAGCGGCCUCGCCGUUUUGCGGCCGCGAUAGCUGCACCAAUGGUUUCGGAAAGCGCGACAGUGCUGGUGGUGGUGAGGGGGCAUCAUCCAGCCCGGCUGCGCCGCCGCCGCCGCCGAAGCUGAGGUCCAAUGCCCGUCCCCCUCGCGCCGCCUCCUCAGCCGCCACGUCCAUCGUAACGGCGGCAGCGACGACUGGCCACUGCCCCCUCUGCAAAUGCCGCCACCCCGUUCCUCUCGGCCCGGGCGACGUUUGCUUCUGGUGUAAUGUUGCCCGCUUUGCGUUUGUGCCCGUCUCCCUCGCCCUCCUCAGCUCGUCCAUCGUCAUUGUCCUCACCUUUGCCGCGUCGCUGAAGCCGUGGUUCUCGGACGCUUACUUCGCCGAGGUGCUCAUCGUCGCGUACCUGUUCUGCGGCGGCUUUGUGUGGUACAUCCUGCGUCACCGCCGCUGUGCACCGCGCUUCUACCUUGCGACGGAGGCGGCACGCGAGGCACAUUCGGAGGUGUGGUCCGCCGCGCCGUGCGAGCAGCCCAACUCGCAGUCGCCAUCCGCCGCGGCCAGCGCCACCUUCCUCACCUCUGGCGCAUCAGCGACGGAGGAGGAGGAGGGGGGCAGCACGCUUUCCAUGCAGCUACUGAACGACGCGUGCCGCAACAUGACGAGGACCACAUACCUGAGGCUGGCGCUGCGGCUGCGUGGGCGGUCGCUGCUCGACCAGCUCCCCGAGCUGACGAUGUACCGCGCCCAAAUAGAGGCGAUGAACGCCGCGCCCAUCACUUUGACGAGGAAUGGCGGCGUCUUGACGGCGAUGUGCGCGCCCAGGGCUGCUGCCGCGGUGGUGGCUGGCUGUGGCCCGCGCGGCGGAGCGGCCGUCCCGGCGACCACCGCAGCUAUGGACGCAGCCGGAGUACCCAUGACAACCGUGCUAGUUAUCUCGCCCGUUGCUGAAAUGACCGCCGCCAACGCUGUCACUGCUGAGGGCGCCUCCAUUAUGGCCAUGACCCUGACCGACGAGGACACCACCCCGCCCCCCACCGCUGCUGCCGCUGCGGCACCAACGGCAUCUUUGCCCUCGUCCAUGACCUUUCCGUUGCAAUCGGCGCGUUUGAUGCAACACCCGACGCGGCCACUGUUGGCGGCUACGACCGCGACUCUGGAGAGCACCGACACCGUGGAUAGCAUGGGGGGGUACACAUUCCCCUCCGGUGUCCAGGAAACCCCGGCCGCAGCCGCCGCUCCCGUAUCGGCCUUUGCGACCGCGGCGGCAAGCGCGGCUGGCGCCAUGCCGGCGGCGCCGCUCCCGACGACGACGACGCUGCCGGAAAGUGUGGCUCGCCAGAAGCGGGCCGAGACGGCGCAGCUGCUCACCUCUGACUCGCUCUCCCGGCAGUAUCGCAAGGCGCUCAAAGCCACCCUGUUCAAAGACGAGCUCAUCAUGUGGUACUCCGUACCGCAGCUGCGCGGUGUUCUGAUGGAGAAUAAGUGGCUGCUGCUGGACUUGCUCGCGGGCUUGCUCUUUGGUGUUUGGAUGCUGAUACUGUCCUCCGUGAGCGACACCACCUACGUCAUUGUAAUGCUGAGCGGCUCAACAGCCGUGGCGGCGUGCGGCGUGGUCGUUGUGCUCGGCUUUGCGCUGCUGCUCAUCGUGGUCAUUCGAAGCUGUGGGCGGCUCUACGUGCUCACAAACGAGCGGCUUAUCACGGUGUACGAGAGCGUUACCGAGCCGGUGGUGACCGCGACAGACCUUAGUAGCGUGCGCUUCGCCGCUCUGUACGGCUACCGCACCAUCUGGUCUGGCGAGCCGGUACUCGGCUUCUCCUGGGAGGUUCCUGCGUCGGAGCGCAAGAUGCCCGCCAUCAAGAGCCACAAGUUCGCUGGCAUCACUGACUUACACGAGUUUAUCUACUACUUCCGCAUGGUGGCGCCUCAGAUGCCGUACCACCUGGAGCGGAUUUCAGAGUCGACGCGGCAGGACCGCAUCGAGUGGCGCCUGUAUGUCAUCCUCUGCAUCGGUGUGUUUGUUGCCCUACCCAUAAUCACAGUGUACCCGCAUGCGGUGCCCGACUUCCUCGCUGCCUACCUCUACGUGGUGGCACUGCUGCUUGUCUGCUCGACGCUGCUGCGUGGGCUGAGGACACAGCAGAUGACCUGUGCGCCACUGAAUCUCGCCGCGUCGUGGGCGUCGGGUUCGGUGUGGAGCGAGAUGGAUGACGUCGGCCCGUCGCGGCCGUUACCUUCUUCGGUGACGCACACACCGGACGCAUACUCAAUGCAGAACACAAUAUCGUCCAGCAUGGGGAACAGCGAGGGGCCACACGACUUCAGCAAAUUGUCCGCGUCACCGCCAUCCUUGCCAAUCAAGCAGAGCGACUGA